UUGGAAAUGACAGUCUGAUGAGGAGGAGGUGGAGGAGGAGGAACAGGAGAGAGGUCUGUGCUACUGGAUCCAAUAAACGAGCAGCAAGCCUGUCAGAGUAAAAUUGUGAAUUAGAAAAAUAAAGUCCGAAUGACAAGUGAUUGGAUUAAAACUAACACUUAUUUACGAGGCCCAGUUGGAUUUAGCAGCAAAGGGAGUACAUAGACGGCUCAGAGACAGUAAAGGUAUCAUGGCUGCCCUGUUUACUGAGCUACCCUCCUAGACUUCCCUGAUAUAUAGAUAUACAUACUUAAACGUCCCUGGAAUAAUUUAAAAAAACACGCACUUUUGACUUUUGGUGUUUGUGCGGGAUGACGACCUCUCAUUUGAAUGGCCAUGUUGCUGGGGAGGGAGGAGGAGGAGAUGAAGAACUAAGGGGAGGACAGCAGCACCGAGAAAUGGCCGUUGACUGUCCAGGAGAGCUGGGGGGUCGAAUGCUGCCGCUCCGACGAUCUGCACAACUGGAGAGGAUACGACAACACCAGGAGGACCUUCGACGGCGUAGAGAGGAGGAGGGUCGGCAGCUGGACCUGAAUGCCUCACUCAGACUCAGGAAGCUCUCCCAGAAUCCCCACAUCGGCAUCGACAACCCCACAUUCCUGGAAGACACAUACAUAUUGCAGCAGACAGCGCUCGGCAGCCAGCACUCACAUGCACUGCUGGAGUUGGAGGAGUUGUUGCUGUCACUGAAGCAGGUCCAGGGCUGCCUGUCUGACCAGCAGAGUCAGAAUGACAUAGAGCUGGUACUUGCACUACUAAACAAGUCUGACUUCCAGUUAGCACUGAAGAUCCAUAAUGGUGUGGCCACCAGCAUGCACCGACCCUCUCCUCCAUACCCACACACACACCAGGCACUUCAGCUGGCCAUGGAGGUCAGGAAUCUCAUCCAGUCAAGUCAGAACAAAGAGGGACUCGAACUCCAAAGCCUGCUGUCAGACACACACAUCCAGUCAUUGCUCCUGGCCCAUGACAGCAUAGCGGAGAGGGAAAUGCAGCCUGAACUGCUGCCUGCCCAAGGAGAAACACUUACCCAGUGGGGAGGGGAGACUGUCAAGAUAGUUUGCAUAGAAAAGGCCCGAGAUAUACCACUGGGAGCAACUGUUCGUAAUGAAAUGGACAGUGUUGUGAUCAGUCGUAUUGUUAGAGGUGGAGCAGCUGAACGGAGUGGACUUUUAUCAGAAGGAGAUGAAAUAUUGGAAAUUAAUGGCAUAGAGAUUAGAGGGAAGGAUGUCAACCAAGUAUUUGACAUUCUUGCGGACAUGCACGGUGUACUGACCUUUGUGCUGAUUCCCAGCAAUCAGAACAAACCUCUUCCUGUGAAAGAGACUGUGAUCCACGUGAAGGCACAUUUUGACUAUGACCCCUCAGAUGACCCUUAUGUGCCUUGCAGAGAGCUGGGCUUGUCCUUCCAGAAAGGAGAUAUUCUCCACAUUAUCAGCCAGUCAGACCCCAACUGGUGGCAGGCUUAUAGGGACGGAGAUGAGGAUAACCAGCCACUAGCUGGACUGGUACCAGGCAAGAGUUUUCAGCAGCAGAGAGAAGCCAUGAAACAGACCAUAGAAGAAGACAAGGAGCCUGAGAAACCUGGGAAGCUGUGGUGUGCAAAGAAGAACAAGAGGAAGAGAAAAAAGCUGCUGUACAACACUCACAGGACUGAUGAUCUUGAUAAUGAGGAGAUUCUGACCUAUGAGGAGAUGGCUCUGUACCACCAGCCAACCAAUAGGAAGCGGCCAAUUGCACUGAUUGGUCCAGUCAGCUGUGGACAGGCAGAACUUAGGCAGAGACUGCUCAACAACCAACCAGAACGGUUCGCUGGAGCUGUACCUCACACCACGCGGAACCGACGAGAAGGCGAGCUGAGUGGUCGAGACUACCACUUUGUGUCUCGUGCCUCCUUCGAGGCAGAACUGGCAGCUGUAAAGCUGAUUGAGUCUGGGGAGUUUGAGAGGAACCUGUAUGGGACCAGUACAGACUCGGUGAGACAGGUCAUCAACACUGGAAAAAUCUGUGUGCUCUGUCUGCACACUCAGGCUCUAAAGGUGCUGAGGAGUUCAGACUUGAAGCCUUACAUCAUCUUCAUAGCUCCACCCUCCCAGGAAAGACUCCGAGCCCUAUUGGCUAAAGAGAACAAGAACCCCAAGCCUGAAGAACUGCGGGACAUCAUAGAGAAAGCCCGGGAAAUGGAGCAGAGCUGUGGUCACCUGUUUGAUGCCAUCAUUGUCAACACAGACCAGGACAAAGCCUACAACGAGCUGCUACGACUCAUCAACAAACUGGACACUGAACCUCAGUGGGUGCCUUGCUCCUGGCUGCGCUGAAAACACUCAUUCACACACAUACACACACAAUUUCACAUCAUUCAUAGAGUAGACACACAGAACCCCUGGAGCCCAUUUCUACAAACUGAACAAACUGGACCCUGACACGCUUAUGUGUGUUUUUUUUUUUUUGUUUGUUUUUUUUAAACACAGUGUGCUGUGGUGAGGGUUGUAACAUAACAUUAGGGUUGAUGUUAGGAAAAAAUGGUUUUGUGAAUAAAGCUGUAAUAUUAUAAGAAUUAAGUUGAAAUGUAAUAAAUCAAAUUAUUGUGAGAUAAAGUUUUUACACGAAAACAUCAUAGUAUUGCAAUAUUAUUCUCAUAUUAUGAGAUUAAGUAUCACUAUAUUACAAGAUAAAGCUGUAAUUUUACAAGAGAGGGUCAUAAUAUUUUGAGAGAAAGUUGCAAUUUUACAAAAAAGUCAUAACAUUGAAAGAUAAAGUUGUAAUUUUACAAGGAAACAAGUCAAAAUAUUACAAGAAUGAAAUAGUAUUUUAGUAAAUUUAAUAAAUCAACAUUAUCUCAUAAUAUAAUAUAAAUUUUCCUGCAAUCUAUCACUUCAAUCAUAACAUAGGACAUUUUGUUCUUGAAAUAACCUUUCUUUGUAAUACUUGCUUCUGAAAAUGUUAUUGUGAACUUUUAUAUUAAAAUUAGGACUGUAUCUCAUAACAUUUUCUAACUAUUUUACCUUAAAUACUACAACUUUCUCACUUUACUCAUAAAACGACAGCUUUAUUUUUGUAAUUGUAUUACUUUUUCUUGGAAUAUUGUGACAGUUUCUCAUAAAACUAUGACUUAAUUCUUAAACUUUCUUUUACUUUAAUCAUAAUCUAACAUUUAAUCUCCAAAAUAUCCUUUUCUGGUGAUUUUUUUCAAAAAAAUUACAACUUUGUUGAAAUAUUAUAACUUUUUUUUCUUAAUUCCAACUUCAUUCUCAUAACAUUUCAAUGUUUUCUCUUAACAUUAGCCCUAAUACUUGUACUGUAGAGAGUAGAUACUCUGCAAACAAUCAGCAUCUUCUAGAAUGUAUUGACCUGGUGGCACUGGUAAUUAUAAAUAUAGAAAUUGUAAAAUUUUGUGUAUUGACCGUCCUGAAAGGGAGGAAACUGAUCUUGGAUCGUGCCUAACUGAUCCAUGAUGUUUUUAUUUGGCAGUGACAUUUUUAUGACACAGAUUUCUCUGUCAUCAUCACAGUUCCUGAAAUACUGAGAUUUUUUUCGUUUGGUUGUUGUUUUUCCUUUAAGAGUUGUUCUUUCUCAGAGAUGCUGGGCCUCUUUUAUGAUGCAUCCUUUGAUUUUAUCCUGUGAUCAUUUAAAUUAUGAUGGCCAAAUAAUUUUCAACUUUUACAGUGCAGAAGAUCAAUGUAA